AUGAAUAGAGUAAGCAAAUUACCUACUAAAUCAAAACGAGCCAAAACCUUCACCGGCUGUUGGACUUGUAGGGCUAGAAAAGUGAAAUGUGAUCUUCGGCGACCUAAUUGUACUAGGUGUAUUAAAUCUGGCCUAGAAUGUGGUGGGUAUGAUAUUAAAUUGAGAUGGUCGAAUUUAGUUCAAUUCGAUGAUUUUGGGGUACAGAUCAAUAGUAAUUCAAGAGCAGAUAGUAACAACAGUAGUACGGAUGGUAAUAGUCCUAUGGUCCAGGAAAAACCAAGAAGAUUUCAAAGAAGAAAUAUAGAUUUUGUUAGGUAUGAUAAAGAAUAUGUUUAUCAUGAAGAUAUGGAUGAUGAAUUGACUUUAUUACAUGCUCCACCACCUGAAAAAGUGGAGCAUGGGAAAACUUGGAUCAUUGAAAAAUUUGGUGUGUUUUUGGGUAGUGAUAAGACCCUAGAUAACGAUAAUAUAUCAACAAGACAACAAAAAUCAGCUUCGACUUCAAAACAUGCAUGGUUGACGGCAUCUCCAACUCCAACUCCAACUCCAUCAAAUGAACUAAAUAUUAUUAAAGAACCAAUAAAUUCACUAUCUUUGGUAUCGUCUCAAAAUGGGAAUGAUGAAUCGAUUUGUCCUGAAAUAUAUGAAGCUACAAAUAAUGAAAAUGAAAAUAUACCACAAAAUCAAAAAGAUUCAGUAAAAGAGACUGUUCCAAAAAUUGCUCACACAAAAAAAAUAACAGAUCAAGAUAAUUUGAAUCUAACAAAUCCUCAAUCCAUGGGAUAUAACACCGAUUUAACAAGUUUUCCAGGAUUUGAAUGGAUAUCUAAAGAGUUACGUGAAGAAGUAUUAUUAUCAGCUUUUGCAUCUCAGGGAACACCUUUUGAUAGAACAUAUUUGACGUCGGCAGAAAAGAAUCAAAAUGAAAUAGAUGAAGAAAAUGGAUCCAUCACAAAAACAACAGUGGAAAAUGAUGGUUCCACUGAAGAAGCACAUCAAAUUGGUAAUACUGUACAAAGUGCACUACAUUCUUUGUUCCAAAAACCUGAAGAAAUUGAAGUGAACGAACAUCAGCAAACAAUUAACAAAAUAGAUAUUCAACGAAAACAACAAAACAAUUUAGAAAUCAAUGCACCAAAUUCUGAUAAUGGUAUGCCUAAGACAGCCAUUGAAAUAAUAGACUCGAAAGUAAAGGACCAAGAUGACUUGGUAACUUGUUUAAGAAAUGCAAAGCUACCAUUCAAUGUUCCUACUACAGGUCUAGUGGUUCAUGGUCUAACAAGAUUUCUUUUAACUUAUUAUUACGAUAAAGUUGCGGAUUUGAUGACCGUUGUAUCAUUACCAGAUAGAAAUCCAUGGAAAAAAUUGUAUUUCCCAAGGGCAUUAUCAGCUCUUGGUGAUAUAGCAGGAUUAGGUCAUACAUCAAGUUCAAGAAAUUGUUUGUUGAAUGCAUUACUGGCUGUUUCAUGCUUCAAUUUGAAGAGUAAACUACCUAAAAAUUCUAAAGAACAAACUUUAUUUCUAAAUCUGGGUAUAGAAUUUAGAACACAAGCCACAGGUUUCCUUAAACAAUGCUUGUCAUCUUCCGUUCAACAAGAAAGAUACAAAGAUGUAUUAACAGCAAUAUUGUCAAUGAAUUCUAUUGAUGUCGUAUGGGGUACUAUGUCCGAUUGUCAGCAACAUUUAGAUCUCGGAGAAAAAUUUAUUGAAUAUAGAAUGGAACAUAGACCUAAGUUAUCUGAAAAGGCCAAAACCUUGCAUAGAAUAUUUUCUUUUUUGAAGUUAAUUCAGGAUAGUACUGCAUUAGAUAAAGUAACAUCUACUGAAAUUGUAUUCUCAGUAAAUAGCCUACCUAAUUUGGACAAUAAAACUAACAAUGGUAAUGAACAUAAUGAAAUCGAAGCACAACAAGGAUUGGAUGGACAAUUCAAGGAAGCAUUAAACAAAAAAGAUGGAAAGAUUAGAAUUGAAUUCGUUAAGAAUAAUAUUUCUGAUAAUUCAUCCGAUGACUCAACUGGAAUAUCGCCUCCAAUCUUUGAAAACCUCACUAGUAAUAGCUUCUUCCACACAAAAUCAUCAUUAGAUACAAAGAUGGAUAUUGUCGACAUAGAGACUCUAUACGGACUUCCAAACUCAUUAAUUCUCUUAUUUUCGGAUUGUGUUCGAAUUGUACGGCAUACGAAAUAUUAUAAAAUGAAGUAUAUUCCAGUACCUCGCCAAUUUAUUGAAGUAACUCAAAAAUUUGAGAAAAGACUAAUGAAAUGGAAGCCGGAAUGGGAAUUUUAUGAUAUUGGUUCAGAAAUUGGAGAACGAAAGUUUGUUAGCGAUCCAAUAGAGGCCCUUUAUCAUCACACAAUGAGUUUUUUCAAUGGCCUAAUUAUAUAUUACUUCUCAAUGGCUAGAGAUUUAAGUAAUAACUUUUUGCAGCAAUAUGUUGAAAAAGUACUUAAUCAUUUACGGAAAAUGAACAUCUUAAUAGAAAGUAAGAAAGUGAAAAUGGUUCCUUUAAUAUGGCAAGGAUUCAUUGCGGGAUGUGCUAGCAUGACAGAGGAUGAACAAAACGAAUACCGCAAAUGGGCUGCAAAACUGGCUGAAAGUGGAAUGGGCUCAUAUUGGGGAGCUCGACAAGUUAUGUUUGAAGUUUGGCGCAGAAGAAAAGUAGGUGCACAUGGUGAUGAUUGGUUUACUGUAUAUCAAGACUGGGAAAUGAAUUUGAUGCUAUCCUAA